GAUUUGAAUUAUGUGGAAUCAUUGUUUUCAGUUUUGUUGUAUCUGUAUCUUUCUCUCUAACUGUCCCUUGUUGUUUUCUUCCAGGAGCCGUUGAGCAAACCUCAGGACGUCCACAGAACCACGCUUCACAGAUAUUCCACCAUGGCGGCGUGUGUCAGCCUCCGUUUCCCCGGCGGUGUGAACGGAGGAUGGGGGGGGCCCUGCCGCGGUGGAGCCGGCACCGAACCCCUGAGGGACCCCAGGGUCUGGUCCAGGCGGAUGUUCUGCGGACACACCAGGUUGUUGAACCAGGACAACUCCACCGUGGGGGGGCUGACGUCAGAGGACAUCGACAAAGCCCGAAACGCCAAGAAAACCGAUAACAAGCAACACAAACAAGUGCUCAGUGAACGAGCCCGAGAGAGGAAGGUGCCGGUCACCCGCUUGGGAAGGCUGAUGAAUUUUGGAGGUCUGGCCGUCGGACUUGGGAUCGGAGCGAUCGCUGAAGUGGCCAAGAAGAGUUUGAAGCCACAACAACAAGACGAUAAGAAGUCGGUCCUGAACUCGAGCGCCUUCCUCUCGGAAGCCAACGCCGAGAGAAUCGUUCGGACGCUCUGCAAAGUCCGAGGCGCGGCUCUGAAGCUGGGACAGAUGCUCAGCAUUCAAGACGACGCCUUCAUCAACCCUCAGUUGGCCAAAAUCUUCGAGCGAGUUCGACAGAGCGCCGACUUCAUGCCGACCAAGCAGAUGACGAAAGCCAUCAGCAGCGACCUGGGCCCAGACUGGAGGCAGCAGCUGGAGUACUUCGAGGAGAAGCCGUUUGCGGCGGCGUCCAUCGGGCAGGUGCACCUGGCGAGGCUGAAGGACGGCAGGGAGGUGGCCAUGAAGAUCCAGUAUCCCGGAGUCGCCAAGAGCAUCGACAGCGACGUGAACAACAUCAUGACGGUUCUGAGUUUAAGCAACGCGCUGCCUGAAGGUCUGUUCCCCGAGCACCUGAUCGAGGUCAUGAGCCGAGAGCUGGCGCUGGAGUGUGACUACGUGAGGGAGGCCAAAUGUGCCAGAAGGUUCCAGGAGCUGCUGACAGAUCACCCGUUCUUCUACGUGCCCGAUGUGAUCGAGGAGCUGAGCAGCCAGCACGUCCUCACCACCACGCUGGUGCCGGGCUUCCCUCUGGACCAGGCCACCGACCUGUCCCAGGAGCUCAGGAAUGAGAUCUGUGAGCAGAUCCUGAGUUUAUGCCUGAGGGAGCUGUUUGAGUUCAGAUACAUGCAGACGGAUCCAAACUGGUCCAACUUCUUCUUUGACCCACAAACGCACAAGGUAGCGUUGUUGGAUUUCGGAGCGACCCGAGGAUUUGAUAAGAGCUUCACUGACACGUACAUCGAGAUCAUUAAGGCAGCUGCACAUCAGGACAGAGAGGGCGUCCUGCAGAGAUCCAGAGACAUGAAGUUCCUCACGGGAUACGAGUCGAAGGCGAUGGAGAGCGCUCACGUGGACGCUGUGAUGAUCCUGGGCGAGGCCUUCUCCUGCGAGGAGCCCUUUGACUUCGGCGCUCAGAGCACCACCGAGCGCAUCCACAGCCUGAUCCCCGUGAUGCUGAGGGAGCGCCUGACGCCUCCUCCCGAGGAAACCUACUCCCUCCACAGGAAGAUGGGCGGCUCCUUCCUCAUCUGCUCCAAACUCAAAGCUAAAAUAUCCUGCAAGAACAUGUUCCAGGAGGCGUAUGACCACUACUGGAAGGAUGUGCACCACCAGUAGAGACCAGUAGAGACGGGGUUUCCUGGAAGCUUGUUCCCACCCGGGAGUUUCCAGUGGUUUCUGUGGGACGUGGAACUAUUCAACUCCCACAUUCUCACCUGUGGAGAUAUUUUCGUGGAGCCUGGAGCAGAUCUUGUGUCCAGAUCUUUUCACCGUCAGAUUCUGUGUGCGUCUGAUUCCAUUUCUCAUCUCGCCCAGGACUCCAUCCACACUAACUCUGCAUUGAAUAUUAUGAGUGAAGAUUAUUUGUGUGUAGUGUUUGAAUUUGUUGUGCGUUUGUACGACCUAAUAUUUCUGUGCCUGACUGGUUUGAGGAACCGGGGUUUCCAGUUUGAACAGUUUGAACAGAUACAAAUAUAUGGCUUUAGUGACGUGUGUCACUGUUUUCUUAUUCAAAUCACUUUAUUCUGUAAAAUAAAAUAAAAAAUAUGAUGUGAAUUGAUAUGUAUUCAGUGAUUUUAAAUAAUAUAAAUCUUUUAUUGUUUUUGGCAUCUUAUGCUCGAAUCAAAAAAAAACGUG